GAAGUGCCAGAGCCCAAGCCGCCUCCAUGGCCCCAGGAAGGAUUCAGGGGAGAGGCCCCAUCCAGGGAGCCACUCCUACCAGACAGCCUGGCCAGAAUGGAGCUGACUGAACUGCUCCUCGUGGUCAUGCUUCUCCUAACUGCAAGACUGGAUCUGUGCCUCCCGGCUCCUCCCGCCUGUGACCCCCGUCUCCUAAAUAAACUGCUUCGUGACUCCCAUGCCCUUCACAGCAGACUGAGCCAGUGUCCAGACGUUAACCCUUUGUCCACACCUGUCCUGCUGCCUGCUGUGGACUUUAGCUUGGGAGAAUGGAAAACCCAGAAGGAGCAGACCAAGGCACAGGACGUUCUGGGAGCCGCAGCCCUUCUGCUGGAUGGAGUAAUGGCAGCACGGACCCAACUGGGACCCACCUGCCUCUCAUCCCUCCUGGGACAGCUUUCUGGACAGGUCCGCCUUCUCCUUGGGGCCCUGCAGGGCCUCCUUGGAACCCAGGACCACAACUCACAAGGAUCCCAAUGCCAUAUUCCUGACCUUCCAACAACUGCUCCGAGGAAAGGUGCGCUUCCUGUUGCUUGUAGUAGGGCCCACCCUCUGUGCCAAGCAGGCCCUACCCACGACAGCUGUCCCAAGCAAUACCUCUCUAUUCCUCACACUGUACAAGCUCCCAAACAGGACUUCUGGACUGUUGGAGACAAACUCCAGUGUCUCCGCCAGAACUACUGGCUCUGGACUUCUGAAGAGGCUGCAGGGAUUCAGAGCCAAGAUUCCUGGUCUGCUGAACCAGACCUCCAGGUCCCUAGACCAAAUGCCUGGACACCUAAACAGGACACACGGACCCUUGAUUGGAACUCAUGGACUCUUUCCUGGACCCUUACCUACAGCCCUAGGAGCCCCAGAUAUCCCUCUGGCAACUUCAGGCAUGGACUCCCUGCCCCCCGACCUCUGGCCUGGAUAUUCUCCUUCCCCAGCCCAUCCUCCUACUGGGCAAUACACACUCUUUUCUCCUUCACCCACCUCACCCACCCCUCCGGGACCGGCUCCAACCUCCAUCUCCUAACCCUUCUGCCACACCCAACUGGACCAGUCCUCUUCUAAUUGCAACCCACCCUCCCUUCCAAAACUGUCUCAGGAGGAGAAAGGUACUCUGGCCCUGCCAGCAUCAGCACUGUCCCCAUGUAAAGUUCCCUUUCUGGGAGCCAGGCCCUGGGAAUCAUGUUAUAUC